AUGGUAAACGACGUGCGUAGGCGAUUGCCUUAUUAUAAGUCGGAUUGGACGGAUGCUUGGGAUUAUAGGAUUGUGCCUAGUACUGGUUUGUCUUGUCUUCUUUCCUCCGUACAGUACUUAACAGGUUGGUGGUGUAGGUUUGAAAAAACAAAGAUGUCUUAUGGCGUCAAUGAAGUUCUGCUCGCAUCUGUACUCGGUGCGGUAGUCUUUAGUUUCCUGGCUGCGCAGCCGUUAUGUAUUGUUGGCGUUACAGGGCCUAUCACUGUGUUUAAUUAUACUGUAUACGCUAUCGUAGCACCUAGAGGGAUUCCGUAUUUCCAGUUCAUGUGCUGGAUUUGUCUAUGGUCUAUGCUCAUGCAUUUUGCACUAGCCAUAACGAAUGCUUGCAAUGCUGUUAAAUGGGUUACGAGGUUUUCCUGUGAUAUUUUUGGGUUCUAUGUCGCUUUCAUAUACCUGCAGAAAGGCAUUCAGGUCCUUGCUCUGCAAUGGCGCGCAGGAGAUGCAGCGGCGCAUCUGUCGAUUUCGAUCUCAUUGCUAGUCCUAAUGUCUGGGUAUGCUUGCUCCUGGCUCGGCAGUAGCAACCUCUUUAGGCAACCGGUCAGGGUCUUCCUAAAGGACUAUGGAACCCCACUUUCAAUCGUGUUCUUCACAGGUUACCAGUACUUCGGUAAAAUUAAGCAUAUGGACCUCGAAAGAUUGCCAGUUUCACAGGCCUUCUUCCCCACUACGGAGCGUGGGUGGCUGGUGCAUUUCUGGGAUAUCAGUGUUGGGCAAGUGUUUUUGGCUAUCCCGUUUGCGCUGCUAUUGACGAUUUUGUUCUAUUUUGAUCACAAUGUCUCGAGCCUGAUUUCCCAGGGCACGGAGUUUCCGUUGAAGAAGCCGGCGGGGUUUCAUUGGGACAUUUUCUUGCUCGGGAUUACGACGGGGAUUUCGGGGGUUCUGGGGAUCCCAGCUCCUAAUGGUCUUAUCCCUCAAGCUCCGUUCCAUACGGCAUCUCUGUGCGUCACUCGCCGGCGAACGGAUGGGGCGGAGGAGAAUAAAGGCAAGGUGGAGGUCGUUGUUGAUCACGUUGUGGAACAGCGGGCUAGCAAUCUUGCACAGGGCCUUUUGAUCUUAGGAACCAUGACGGGGCCCUUGCUUGUGGUGCUUGCGCUGAUUCCACAGGGUGUUCUUGCCGGACUCUUCUUCGUCAUGGGCCUUCAAGCACUCGAAAGCAACGGGAUCGUGUUGAAGCUUCUAUUCCUGCUCAGCGAUAGCUCCUUGGCUUUUGGCGAGGAGCCGCUGAAGAGAUGUAGGAAGGGAGCUGUCUGGGCGUUUGUGGCACUUGAGCUCAUAGGAUUCGGAGCUACGUUUGCUAUCACCCAAACUAUUGCUGCUAUUGGCUUCCCGGUGUUCAUUCUCCUGCUAAUUCCUGCCCGCACCCUAAUCUUGCCCAAGUAUUUCACCCCCGAAGAACUUGGGGUUCUGGAUGCACCCACAGCUUCUCCGUUUACCCUUGAGUCUGUUAGUGGUGGUAAUUAUGGUGGCGCACCUGAGCCUAGUGGCAAUAGUACACCCGCUUAGGCUAGUAGUGAUACACUCUCGGAUAGUGACGAGAGCGUUCUUGAGAAGGGGCACUGCUGUCAAGUUGGGUAGGAGGUCACCCGAGGCUUGACAUGAUAAUUUAUCGAUAACGAUACCGUAGUAAAGACAGGAUAGAGGAGGCGAGCCCUUCAAGGACACAAGGAAGUGGAUUUUGAUGUAUUAAAUUGAUGGAGAAGGUUAAAAAAUGAUAAGCUGUGCUCGUUGAGG